UUCCUCUCUCAUUUGAUACUAUGUCAUUUCCCCAUCUUGGGGGAAAUUUGCUUUAAAUGAAGAGAAUUAAAAGAAUAAGAAGAAAACUCCCCUUCUCAUCAUUUCCUGGGUAAAAGUCCCAAAGUUUCAGGUGAGUUGUCACAGGCUACCUCACCUUCUAUCGCGGCGUCCCUAGGUCAUUGGUGUUCUCCCACCAAGUCGAGUAAUUUUGGACAAGCCACUAAUCCUUUGGAAGUCUUAGUGGGUUUUAUUCGACUACCCUGUGCUUCCCAAUCUUUCCUACAUCGCAGCACAAAGAAUAUGGUAUUGGUAGGACACUGAGUAAACGGAGGAGGCAGCACAACGCAGCACACCUGGAACCCGUACACUGGUGUUGACGCUCUCAAUGAGCGCUCUGUCCAGUAAGUUUGUUCCAGCUGACGCGCAACGACCGUCUGUUAGAAAGAUCGAGCUGGGGCUUCCGCUGUUUCUGAACUCAGCAGACUCACGGAAAAACAAACAAACAAACAAACAAAAAGUCUUUCUUCACUAAGAAAACCAGAGGAUAAAAAGGCAGAAAAGUCGCAAGCCACAGCCUACACACGAACACCAAGCCACCCAAUUUCCCAGUGCGCUCUCCGCCGAUCUUACGUCUCUUCCCAGCAGGCGCCGGGACACACCGCGAGACUUCAUAAAUUCUCGCGAGAUUUAUCGGCAGCCAUCUUCUUGGGGGUGCUGGGAGUCGGGAAGACCCCCCGAAUCCUUCCCGUUGAGCUGCCUUUCGUAUUCGCUUUCUUCACUUUUGCCUCUUCUGCGUUGUCAACAAGCACCUAGUCUCGAGGUUGAGAGAAAGCCCGGAUCUAGGCGCGUGUCGCGCUCCCGGUCCGGGGAGAUUUGCUGGGGUGCAGGGAAGGGGGAGGGCCCGGGCAAACCGUUGCUGCCUCAGCCCAGGUUGAGGUCCGGGGAGGGAGAGCUCCUGGCACCCAGUGGACUCGCGGCCUGCGGCAACCCCCGCGGAGCCGGUAGCCCAGCGGGGCUCGCGGGAACCUGCCACCGGCGCCUCCCACCGCGGCCCACGCGGGCAGCGCGCGGAGGAGGGGGCGGGGGCAGCGGCGGCUGUAGCGGCUGCGACCUGGGCGGGCGGAGGAGGAGUGUGACGGGCCUCGGGGGCCGCUGUGGAUGGUUUCUAAAAUGAUCAUUGAAAACUUCGAGGCACUCAAGUCCUGGCUCAGCAAGACUCUGGAGCCCAUCUGUGAUGCAGAUCCAUCAGCCCUAGCAAAAUAUGUUCUGGCUUUGGUAAAGAAAGACAAAAGUGAAAAAGAGUUAAAGGCAUUAUGUAUUGAUCAGCUAGAUGUAUUUCUUCAGAAAGAGACACAGAUAUUUGUGGAAAAACUUUUUGAUGCUGUGAAUACAAAGAGUUAUCUCCCUCCUCCAGAGCAGCCAUCAUCUGGAAGCCUAAAGGUAGAAUUUUUUCAGCACCAAGAAAAAGAUAUAAAGAAAGAAGAGAUCACGAAGGAGGAAGAGCGAGAGAAGAAGUUUUCUAGAAGGCUAAAUCACAGUCCUCCCCAGUCAAGCUCACGCUACAGAGAAAAUAGAAGUCGUGAUGAGAGGAAGAAAGAUGAUCGUUCUCGCAAAAGAGAUUAUGACCGAAACCCUCCUCGAAGAGAUUCAUACAGAGAUCGGUACAAUAGAAGACGCGGGCGGAGUCGCAGUUACAGCAGGAGUCGUAGUCGAAGUUGGAGUAAAGAGAGACUGCGUGACAGAGAUAGAGACAGGAGCAGGACCAGAAGCAGAAGCAGAACCCGAAGCAGAGAAAGAGAUCUAGUAAAACCUAAAUACGACUUGGAUAGAACGGAUCCAUUAGAGAAUAAUUAUACUCCGGUCUCUUCGGUACCUAGCAUUUCAUCCAGCCACUACCCUGUACCUACUUUGAGCAGCACUAUUACAGUAAUUGCUCCUACUCAUCAUGGUAAUAACACUACCGAAAGUUGGUCUGAAUUUCAUGAAGACCAGGUGGACCAUAACUCUUAUGUGAGACCACCAAUGCCAAAGAAACGAUGUAGAGACUAUGAUGAAAAGGGUUUUUGUAUGAGAGGGGACAUGUGCCCUUUUGAUCAUGGAAGUGACCCAGUAGUUGUAGAAGAUGUGAAUCUUCCUGGGAUGCUGCCUUUCCCAGCACAGCCUCCUGUUGUUGAAGGACCACCUCCUCCUGGACUCCCUCCACCUCCACCAAUUCUUACACCCCCACCUGUGAAUCUUAGACCCCCUGUGCCACCUCCAGGUCCGUUACCACCUAGUCUCCCACCUGUCACAGGACCACCCCCUCCACUUCCUCCUUUGCAGCCAUCUGGCAUGGAUGCUCCCCCAAACUCUGCAACCAGUUCUGUUCCUACUGUGGUAACAACUGGCAUUCAUCACCAGCCUCCUCCUGCUCCACCUUCUCUUUUUACUGCAGUUUUUGUAUUACCAGAUACAUAUGACACAGAUGGCUACAAUCCUGAAGCCCCAAGCAUAACCAAUACUUCCAGACCUAUGUAUAGACACAGAGUGCAUGCACAAAGGCCUAACUUGAUAGGACUGACAUCAGGGGAUAUGGAUUUGCCACCCAGAGAAAAGCCUCCCAAUAAAAGCAGUAUGAGGAUAGUAGUGGAUUCUGAAUCAAGGAAAAGAACCAUUGGUUCUGGAGAGCCUGGAAUUCCUACAAAGAAGACUUGGUUUGAUAAACCAAAUUUUAAUAGAACAAAUAGCCCAGGCUUCCAGAAGAAGGUUCAGUUUGGAAAUGAAAAUACCAAACUUGAACUUAGAAAAGUUCCUCCAGAAUUAAAUAAUAUCAGCAAACUUAAUGAGCAUUUUAGUCGGUUUGGAACCCUGGUUAACUUACAGGUCGCGUAUAAUGGUGAUCCCGAAGGUGCCCUUAUCCAAUUUGCAACAUACGAAGAAGCAAAGAAAGCAAUAUCAAGUACAGAAGCAGUGCUGAACAAUCGCUUUAUUAAGGUUUAUUGGCACAGGGAAGGAACCACCCAACAGUUACAAACUGCUUCCCCUAAGCCUUUAGUCCAGCAACCCAUAUUGCCUGUUGUGAAGCAGUCAGUCAAAGAGCGGUUGGGUCCAGUACCUUCAAGUCAUACUGAACCUGCAGAAGCACAGAGUGCCAGUUCAGACCUUCCUCAGAAUGUAACUAAGUUAUCUGUGAAGGACAGGUUGGGUUUUGUAUCAAAGCCAUCUGUUUCAGCAACUGAAAAGGUGUUGUCUACGUCUACUGGCCUAACAAAAACGGUGUAUAAUCCAGCUGCUUUGAAGGCUGCACAAAAAGCAUUACUUGUUUCCACCUCUGCAGUUGAUAAUAAUGAAGCACAGAAAAAAAAACAGGAGGCAUUGAAACUUCAGCAGGAUGUAAGGAAAAGGAAACAAGAAAUUUUAGAAAAGCACAUUGAAACACAGAAGAUGCUAAUUUCAAAACUGGAGAAGAACAAAGCAAUGAAGUCUGAAGAUAAAGCAGAAAUAAUGAAAACUUUAGAAGUUUUGACAAAAAACAUUACAAAGUUAAAAGAUGAGGUCAAAGCUGCUUCUCCUGGACGCUGUCUUCCAAAGAGUAUAAAAACCAAGACUCAGAUGCAGAAAGAAUUGCUUGACACAGAACUGGAUUUAUAUAAGAAGAUGCAGGCUGGAGAAGAAGUCACUGAACUUAGAAGAAAGUAUACAGAAUUACAGCUGGAAGCUGCAAAACGAGGUAUUCUGUCAUCUGGUCGGGGUAGAGGAAUUCAUUCAAGAGGUCGAGGUGCAGCUCACGGCAGAGGCAGGGGUAGAGGUCGAGGCCGAGGUGUUCCUGGUCAUGCUGUGGUGGAUCAUCGUCCCCGGGCCUUGGAGAUUUCUGCAUUUACAGAGAGUGAUAGAGAAGAUCUGCUUCCUCAUUUUGCGCAAUACGGUGAAAUUGAAGAUUGUCAGAUUGAUGACUCUUCACUUCAUGCUGUAAUUACAUUCAAGACAAGAGCAGAAGCUGAAGCAGCUGCAGUUCAUGGAGCUCGUUUCAAAGGGCAGGACCUAAAACUGGCGUGGAAUAAACCAGUAACUAGUAUUUCAGCUGUUGAAACAGAAGAAGCGGAACCUGAUGAAGAGGAAUUUCAGGAAGAGUCUUUGGUGGAUGACUCAUUACUUCAAGAUGAUGAUGAAGAAGAAGAGGACAAUGAAUCUCGUUCUUGGAGAAGAUGAUUUGACUGAUCAUUGAUCUGCAUAUGCUAGAACUCUGCCUGUGUUUCAUUAGUAUUAUCUAAUGUACUUUGACAUAUUUGUAAAAACAAUUUUUGGUAAAAUGUGAUGAAGAUGGAUUUCACAAAUAGACAAAAGAGAAGAAAACUACCUUCUGAUCUUGUAUUUUGAAAGAUUGAUGUUUGCGUUUUAUUUCAGUAAACAAUUGCUAAGACAUCACACUAGAAACACAUGCAAUGUUUUUAUUACAUACUUCUACUGAACGUUACAGAAUUCUUUGGGUUCUUUGUAAUCUAACAGAUAGGUCUGAAAACUUACGACCAAUACUUGUUAUAACUUAGAGGAUUUUUGUUUACUCCAAAUAAGGAAUGAAUUUGCAUUUAAAAUCUUAAUGAAUGUUUUCACAAAUGAAUAGAUAACAUAGUACUCUAACUAAAGUCUCCUUAUGUAGUCAUAAUAUUACAUAGUAGUAUGCAUAGGCUUUACUAUGUAUUAACCUUUUAUUGGACUUCUGUAUGUAUUUUACCAUAUGGGUUUUAAUGAUAACGGUGUAUGACUGCUUUGCAUAUGAGUCCUUACGCAUUCAGAUGUUAAAAUAAAGUGGAAUGGUCUCUUGAAAAGAAAAGAAAGAAAAAAGCAAUGACAAAAAAAAAAAAAGCAAAGACAACGUUCCUAAAAUUUAAAAAAAAGAGAAAAAAAAAAGGAAAAAAAAAAAAGAAAGGAAAAGAAAAAAAAAAAACAGACCAUUCCAGAUGGUAAUCUGCCCUUUCCCCCAAUUAUCACAAAAGGAGCUAUAAUCACUAACUUUUUCAUAAUAAUGGUUACUGGUACCUUUAUAAUAAUGUACAAUCCAAUGUUUAAAAUUUAUACCACUUCAGUUUGGUUUGAUCCUAUAAAUUUUCAACAGAUGUCUUAAGAUUUAAAAGCAGGCUGAUUAGUUUGGAAGCAGACUUCAAGUAGAGCUAACAUUUGAUGAAUAAGAAAACAUCACAUUACAUUUUGGAUUUAUGAAAGAAAACUUGACCAUUUGAAGAUGUAUGAAUAAAGAAAUGUACUAUAAGUACUACUUUAGGAAAACACUGUUUGGUAAGUGUUCCAGUCUGAUAUUUUAAGUGUGCAUUUCCUAUACAUGUAUAAAAAUCUUUGACAUUUGCAAAAAAAUACUGUGAUUUUUAAUGGAUUUUUCUGGCAAGUGAACAUGAUCAUUGAAAAUUAAUACAGCAGUUUCCAGGAAAUAAAUGUGUUCUUUGUAGAAUGAGGGGGUGGGUAAAUACGUACUUAUUUCUAAAAAUUCAUUACAGUUAAAAGUGUUUCUGCCCCUCCUGAAAUUAUAGUUAUUACAUGAAGAGUCACAUUUUUUUAAAUUACUGUCUUUCUGUAUUGAGGUCCUCACAAUCUGUAAUUUCACCACCACCAUAAUCUCCUGCCAAUGGGAUACCUAAUGGGUGCCGUUUUUCUUUUUCUCCCUGAGCCCCAGACUUGGAGUUAAAAUUGUGUAUAUGUUUUUGAUGGUAAUAUUUCAUAGGAAUGUUUUGGCUUGCAAUUGGUGCAUAUGUUUAUAUUUAAAGUUUCAGAAUCACAUUUCAGAUGGCAAAUAGUGACUUUACUCAAAAACUUUUUUUACUAUACUUAGAUCUAUGAUAUAUUUUUAUAUAGUCUCUUGUAUGUUGACUGUGUUGCUAUUCUGAUUCAUUAGGUAAGUGUGUUUUCUUUUCUUUUUAGUAGUCGUGAAAGGUGCCAAAUUGGCAGAGGCUCACGUUUCUUCUCUUUACACCAAACAGGUAUUAUAAAGAAAGUAAAUCUUUCAAAAGCCAGUUAAAUCUCCAUGCUGAUUUUUGGCUUUAUAAUUUGAUUAGUAUAUUUUAGCCUGAUUUUUUAAAAAUUACUGUAAAAUUCCCUUAUAAUGUAACUAAAAUACCUACUCUGUUAAUUUAAAUUUGUAAAUAGCUUAUCAGUUUUCCUAGUCUAAAAUUCUGUAGUAACAUAUAACUUAAAAUGUCUUAAGCCAUGUAGCUUUGAAUGAAUCAGAAGAAGAAAAGUGUGUUUUGAUUUAGUCCCAGAGUCAGGAUUAAAUAUUAGCAACAUUCAUUAGAUUCACAAUUGUAUUUAAUUAGCAUUAAUAUAAUUUUACUUAUAAAUAUUACUUAAUAUUUAAUUUCUAUUGGGGUUUUUAUUAAUGAGUAUGUCUAUACAUGCUUAGUACGCUACAUGUACUUUCAUGUGUUCUCACUUAAACCUUAAGAUAGCCCUUUGAAGUACUUGUUAAUUCCUGUUUUACAGAUAAGGAAACAGGCUAGUAGAGGUGGAGUGACUUGCCCAGAGUCACAGCUGGUUAGUGAAAGGACAGGACUUGAAUGCAGACAUUCUGAUUUCAUUGCCAACUUUUUUUUUUUUUUAUAAUUUUUCCUUGCUACCUCCUUAAUUACUGAUUAAACAUGAGAUUGUGUUUACAGUAAACGUGAUAGUUCUUACCUCAAAUAUACUGUACAAAAGUAGUAGACUUCUUGGUCAUUAGCCAGUUCAUAUCGUUACCCUCCUUCUUAAUACAGCGCUUUGUUCAUAUUUCUGUUACGGUACUUAUGUUGUAAUAUAAUUUAUCUGGUUCAUAUGUCUGUCUUCCCCACUAGAUUACAAGCUCCUCAAGGAAGGGGACCAUGUCUUAUUCAUCUUUUUCUCUCUAGUGCUUAUCACAAAGCCUGACUAGUAGUGGGCACUCAGAUGCUUGAUGGAUGAAUUAAUGAAUGAAUGUAUAUUUAAAUCUCCAAUAGAGGAGUGACAUUUACCUCCCUUGUUAAUUCUUACAGUUUUUCAAAAAUCUCUCUUGAAGGUCUUUUCUGUCACUGGGAUUAUUUUGCUAAACAAUUAAUACAGUUUAAUUUCUCACCAGUGGGGUUACAGGUACUGAUGGAAGCUAUACCUGUAGUCUGAAUGGAAUUUCCACAGCAAUUAAUAUGACAUUAAGAUUUUGAAAUAUUGUAUGUUUUAGUCAGUUUCAGGUGUAAAGUAGUCUUGGUUUCUGUCAGUGUGUAAGAUUAGAAAUGCUAGGAGCCACCAAUCUAGUUUAUUCCCACUAGUGUUUUGUAUCCAAAGGUGACCUAGGGUAGACUGCUAGACAAUGGUUAAGAGAUUUAGCUUUUGGUCCCAGCUUUGCCAUUGACUGUGGCCUCAGACAAGUCUCUUAACUUGUCUAGGGCUGCUUCCUUGUCUGAAAAUGAAAGCAGUUGAACUAGAUGAUUUCUAAGGUGCCUUUUACUGCUAUAGUUUUCAUGGUGGCAUAUUAGUGUUUGAUCUAAAACAAUUUACUACAUCUAAACUGAUUAUCUGUUGUUUCUGUUGCUGUUGUUUCUAUCAGAUCAAUGGAAACAACUUAGAUUUGGUUAUGAUAACUCAUAUAUUGACUCUUAGUACAGUUUUGUAUAUAGUGUUCCCAAAUGCUUGCAUUUGCCAGCACAAAUUCUAUUCAGCCUAUUUAAUAUAGGUUAAUUUCUAUAUGGACUAGCACUUCCCUUUCCUAAUUAUAACCUUUCUUUCACUUCUAAAUUCAAAGUUUCAAAAAUAACAAGUAUUUGCCGAUAAUGCAGAUACAGCCAGUUUUCCCACCAUUACGGAUUUAAGUGUCCUCUGUUUCAUCUUGGUUUACUUUACUCUUUACUUUUAUAAUAUGCCAUCUAAAAUCUCUAAACACAUUUUUAAUUCUAUAGCUCUCCUAACAAGUUCUUUGCUUUAGUACAGGUCUGGGCUGUAUAGGAUCAGUUGGGAGUGUGAAAAGAAUUGAGGACAAUGUAGGUAUCUACUUCUUACAGGAAAAAAUGAGGGAAAUUAUAUUUUACUGGUUAAAAGAUUAAGAUUACCUCAGGGGAUGGUUGAGUUGUCAUUUUACAUUUUCACUCACUAUUUUGUAUCUACUUAAUACUGUAAUAAUUGUAAAUCUAAAAAAGUAUUUAAGCGUUUAACCGAUGCCCCAAGUAUCUAAUGAAAACGUGUUGUAGGAAUGGCCGAGUGUUCCAUAGCCUUUGUUUUAUUGUGCUGUGAUCAAAUGUAACAACCAGUAGUUUACUGUGAAGGCAAGAGUUUACCACUUUAGCAGAUUACUGGUAGAAAAUAUGGCUGGGCUUAUUUGAAGGAAAUUUCUUGUCACUAGAAUUGUUUUAUGGAGACUGUCUUGCUAAUCUUUCUUGGAACAGUAAUCAGUAGCUAUAAGGGUUACAAGAAAGCAAACAGUUGCUUGUUUGGUAUGUUGAACUAUAAAUAUAGAUACUUAGAGUAUUCUAAAAGCUUUAACAAUCAGUAUUUUCUUGUUUUUCUCCCCUUACACAUUAUGCAGAUGUAUAGUUGUAGAAAAUUCGUUGUAGUCACUCUAGAAUUUGUAAAAGUAUUUCUAAGGUUUUUUCUUCUAUUACAAAAAUCUAUUAACCUUUUAAAACAAGUAUGCCCUGCAUGAGAUUCUAGUUAAUUAAGUUAGUUCAUUUAUUGGUCUCUCUCUCUCGGCUUUUCUUGUUCUCCUAAAACCCUAUAAAUUAAUGAUGAAAAUUUAAUCUAGAAUUAAAUCAGUGUACAAUGUUGGUAAGGCAGAAAGAGGAUUUCCUUCUCUCAGAUCUCAGAAACAACCUUGUUCUUACUAACUUCUUAAACUGGUUAGUUACUCGGAGGUACGUAUAUAGGCCUUUAGAGAAGAGUAGUUGUUUACCUAUGAGAUAAAAGAAAAAAAUCCUGGUGUACUUGACUGAUGUUCUCAAUAAUUUCUAAUAAAAAUAGCAUGUUUGCUAAGUAGAGAAAUUCCUAAUUUGAUAAAUGCAUUUCUUGCAGUUUAUCAGUAUUAUGUGCUUAUUAUUUAGUAUAAUUGAAAGCAUUUUUUCUAAUUUUACUUUUCGGUAUCAGUUUACUCUUGCUCCUUCCUAACUCUCUCCCUCCUUGUUGCUUUGUUUAUUUCACCCAUCCACUUGUCUUCCUAUCAUCCAGAAGUUAGACUUCCUUUGAAUAUCAGGCACUGUCUUAUUUUAGUAUGUUCCUUUUAUUUUUUGUUGCUGACCUUUAUCUCAGUAUAGAAUUUUGUUAUAUGGUGUGAUUAAAGAAUGAAGUGAUUAUCGCAUGGAGUUUAAGGUUAUUAGAUAUAUAUCUCCUGGUUACUUUGGAAUCUUUGAGAAACUUAAGAAAAUUAUUCUUGCUUUUAUUUUUAUUUAUAAUAUCUCAGAAUUUGUUUGUGAUUUCUUAGUUACUUAUCCACACCUCUGUGAAAAUUUACAAUCUGGUCAGUUACUAGAUUUCUAAACCAAAAUUUUAAGUCACAGCUGUGUGGUAGUCCUGUGGUUUUUGCAGCUUAAUGUUUAAAGGAAAUGUGAUGCAGAGACGUUUUGUUAAAAUCACUUUAACCCAAAGCUGAUCAAUAUUUUGUGCAAUUUGUCUCCAACAUCGGUUUUAGUUCCUUUCUCAAAUAGAUGUUUUAAUUAAGAAAAAGUUGGUCAUCAAUUUAUGGUGUGAUUUAAUUUUUAGAUUUUAUUUUUUAUUUUCAAAGUUUUAAUAGUCUUCUCUUUUUCCAGCAGAGAGAGAUCGUCAUUGCGUGAAUUUAGCUCUGGGACUACAACAGCGAGAACUGUUCCUGUCUGGAGAUGACUGUUAAAAUAAUACCAUCCUACCAUUUCAUGUUUGCCCUUUACCAAUUUGACUAGAGGUUUACAUGUACUAUAAUUAACAUUUCAUCUUUGCAGUUCUCUAAGGGUACAUCUGAGUCCAGAAGUGUGUCUCGGUGUGUGCUUUGACCUUACUCUUAAAUGUUUUCCCCCUUUACUUUAUAACCAUUUAGUUUUUAAACAUUUAGGAAGGAACAAGGCCUUUUGGUUUCCUAAUGUGAGAUAAGUUCAGCUUCAGGUAAAUUGAGAGUUGUGUCUAGGAGAUCUCUAAACAUGAUGCUGUGCUCAUUCCCAUGAACAAUUUAGAAUGAAGAAGGUGGUUAAAAAGUUAAGCAUGCAUUUGGUUUUAGGAUGUAUUUCUGGGGUUAGAAUAGCCCUUAAAAUAAUUUUGAACAAAUUAAAAAAUACUUUUUUACACACUGCAACAGCUUGCCUAUUCUGAAUAUACUCAUUGAAGUCAUUGCCAAGGCCACUUACCUGAAUAAAAAAAAAAACAAAACAAAAACUUUA